GCAAUAUAUGUCUUGAAUGAGACCUACGAGCUAUGAGAUAUAAAUGAUAUAUAGAUAAGGAAUUUGUUAAAAGGGGUUAGAGAGAUAUUACCGGCGGUAGCGUAUAUACGUUCAGGUACAUGAAAUUUUUUUACUUAUAAUUGGGAUAUAGUAACAGUUAAAUAAAAAGCAUGGCUUUGCCAACUUGGGCGAAAAUAGGAAUUGGAUGGUCUGUAGUUACUGCGACAGGAAUUUACGCAUUUGUGCUAUCUAAGCAAAGUGUCAAUGCCAGAAGAUAUGAGAUUAUGAAAGCUAGACAACGUUUGCGCGACACCAAUGUUAUCGAUUAAUUUAUGAUUAAGAAAUAAAAAAUUUAAGGAAGACUACUGAAGUAUAAAACUUGAAGAAUGGCAGCAUUACCACAACUGGAUGAAGAUAAACUUAAAUUGGUACAAGAAUUAGAAAUAGAAAUGAUGUCAGAUAUGUAUAAUCGUAUGACAUCUGCAUGUCACAGAAAGUGUAUAGCACCAAAGUAUACCGAGGCUGAAUUAGGCAAAGGAGAAUCUAUAUGUUUGGAUCGUUGCAUUGCUAAAUAUUUAGAUGUUCAUGAACGUAUCGGUAAAAAGCUCACACAAAUUUCAAUGCAAGAAGCUAAAGUUGUUGCAGAGCAAGCAAAAACAAAUUGAAAUAUUAUUGUAUUUGAUGAGAUUUUUAUGUAAUCUCUUAUAAGUUGCUUUUAGUUUUCCUUCAAUUACUCUACAAUUUUAAAAGCUCCAUGUAAAUUAGAUAAAAUAAAAUGCAGUUAUUCUGUAUUCAAUUCAGUUUAUGAAUAAAACUGAACUUUAUGAAAUGUUAUAAAUU